CGUACGCGCACAUUGACCAGGCCUCAAAAUUUUGUUACAUAAUUGCUUCACAAGUUCCUGUACUAUUGGCAUGGGCAGGACCUCCAUAUGUCUAGUAGCUAUAUGGUUUUACCAGAAAGCGCGGUUGCAACAUUCUUGUAUUCGGAUACUCUUUUACUCUUGAAGAUAGAAAAGAAUCCCGCAGAUUGACUCGAAACAAAAUAACGCUGCUAUUAAUAGAACGUAAAACGCGCUUCUUAUCGCGACAGAUAGCACGGCGUCGCACUUGCGCGCGACAUCCUUCCGAGCCGUUCCCACCGCGAAAUGUAAAUUUCGUUUUUUUUUCUUUUAUUUCUACGCGAGAAACGGCCGAACACAAUACAUAAUGGGAACGAAACGUCGUUAUUGAAUAGCGAAAACUAGUUUGCGAAAACCCGUCGCAGGCGGCCGGGUCCGAUUUGCGUACGCACACGUGCGUGCCUGAGAACGACGGCAUCGAGGUUGGCCGCGUUGGGAAAUACGCGAGCGCGGGAUCGAGCUGGCGUGGACGGUUUCGCGAAAAGGGACAAACAAAAGAGGAGGACCGGCAAAUUCGAGAAUUUUGGGGUUAGGAUUCGCGUUCGACCGAUGGACGGCGAUUAGGGAGAGUAGCCGCGACCGUCUUCGGUUUGUUUAGUUUUAGUUUUGUCCUUUUGAAAUGUCGUCGUUGCUCGGGAAGCCGAUUUUGUACUCGUACUGGAGGAGCUCGUGCUCUUGGAGGGUCCGUAUUGCUUUGAAUCUGAAAGAAAUCCCGUACGACGUGAAACCGAUAUCCCUGAUCAAGGCCGGCGGCGAGCAACAUUCGAACGAGUUCAGGGACGUUAAUCCCAUGGAACAGGUCCCAGCUUUGCAUAUAGAUGGGGUCACCCUCGUCGAAUCGCUGGCCAUUCUGCAUUACUUGGAGGAGACCCGUCCCCAAAAACCACUACUUCCGCUGGACUGUAUUAAAAGAGCCAGGGUACGAGAAAUAUGCGAGGUGAUAGCGUCCGGGAUCCAGCCGCUUCAGAAUCUCACCGUUCUGAUUUACGUCGGUGAAGAGAAGAAAAACGAAUGGGCCAAACACUGGAUCAACCGCGGCUUCAGGGCGGUGGAGAAACUUUUGGCUGCCAGCGCCGGAAAGUACUGCGUCGGAGACGAAAUAUCCAUAGCAGAUUGCUGCUUGAUCCCGCAGGUGUUCAACGCGCGCCGAUUCCACGUAGACUUGAGACCUUUCCCCACCAUUUUGAGGAUAGACAGGGAACUGGAAAACCACCCGGCCUUCAUGGCCGCCCAUCCCAGCAACCAGCCCGAUUGUCCCCCGGAAGCCAUUAAAUAAAUCUUUUAUUUUAUUAUAUUUUAUUAUUAUAUACGAACGAAUUAUGUUUAAGAUGUGAAGUUUUACGAAUAAUGAUUGC